AUGGAUACUCUAAGCUUAUAUUCGUUCGACCCGGCAUCUAUGAGCCAGAAACGCAUGCCUAGUUUGCGGAUUCUAUAUGCAGCACUUGUAGUUUCACUGGGUGGCUCAUUUCAUUUCGGAUAUCAGUUAGCAAUUACAAAUCCGGCUCAGAAAGCGUUCCUCACUUUCUUGAAUGAUACAUGGGGACAUCAUAUGCAUCUGUCAAGUAAUGGUCUCAGUAAUAUCUGGAGUUUUACUGUGGCCGUGAUGUUUCUAGGCGCUUUAGCGGGCUCCUUUAGUAUCAGCUUCGUUGCUGAUUAUGUUGGUCGUAAACGGGGUUUGUUUAUAUCAAUCGGUCUUGGUAUAAUAUCAGCAGCUUUAUCGUGCCUUGCUUUUUUUGUUAAAUCGUUUGUUGUGUACAUAAUUUCUCGAAUUACUAUGGGAUAUUCAAUUAGUUUGAGCUUAAGUUUAGCGGCUGUCUUUUUAUCAGAAGCCAGUCCAUGUGAGUGUAGAGGAUUAGUUGGAAUGAUCACUGGAUGUACAGUACAACUGGGCACGGUUGUAGGAUCUAUCAUAGCAAUGCCUCAAAUAUUCGGAACUUCAUCUCUUUGGUACUUGAUAUAUGUUAUCGAGUUGAUCAUAAUGAUAGUAUUCUAUUGCUUUCUUCCUUUUUUACCGGAAUCAGCAGGACAUUUGACCAAGAUUGGAGCAUAUGUUGCUGCGAAAAACUCUAUCAAGUACUAUCAUAACUGUGAUGAUGAUCAAGCAGAAAUAUUCUUAGCUGAAGUCAAAGAAGAGCAAAAAGAAUCAUCAAAAAAUUAUAAAAUUGUCAAUGUUCUUAAGAACAAAAGUUUGCGUGGUCGAGUCUUAACUGGAGCUGUAGUAGCUUUCGGAAUGUCCUUCAGUGGCAUUGCAGUUAUUAAUGCAUAUGCUGUUCAAAUUCUAUCAGACACUGGAUUGACUACAACGGCAGCUUCAUUAGCCAAUGCUGGUAUCUCUUUCGUGAGCCUUGUUGCCAGUUCAAUUUCUUCAUUGGGCGUUGAUCGUUUUGUAUUUCUAUACUAUCGAUUGCCAGAAACCAAGAAUAGGACACCGGACGAAGUAGUACAAGCUAUAGAGAAGUUACCAAAGUUUUGCACUAGAAGAUCAAUUGACGAAGAUGAAACUACAAAAAACGAAACUGAUAAUACGAAUGUAUAA